AUGGCUCUAAAUGAGGGAGAUGCAGGAUACAUUAUCCUGGGAGGACUUGUAGGAGCCUCCAAAGAACCUACUGCUAAUAUUCUGGUUGUGUGCAAGUUUGAAGAUGUAUUUCCGGAAGAAAUUCCUCAUUUUCCACCUGAGAGAGAGAUUGAAUUCUCAAUCGACUUAGUACCUGGUGUGGGGCCUAUCUCAUUGGCUCCAUACAAGAUGUCACCAGUGGAGCUACCAGAGCUGAAGAAGAAGUUAGAAGAAUUAUCCAACAAGAACUUUAUCAGACCGAGUGUAUCUCCUUGGGAUGCACCUGUCAUUUUUAUGAAGAAAGAUGGGACUAUGAGAUUAACCCGAAAGGGGGUGCCAUUUGCAUGGACCCUUGGGUGUGAUGUGAGCUUUCAAGAAUUGAAAGAUAAGUUGACUACCACACCAGUUUUGAUUCUUCCUGACCAGGAAGAGAGAUUUGAGAUCUAUUGUGAUGCAUCCAAGUAUGGAUUAGGGUGCGUGUUGAUGCAGGAGCGAAAGGUAGUGGCCUAUGCUUCUAGACAGUUGAGACCUCAUGAAGAGAACUACCCUACUCAUGAUCUUGAGUUAGCAGCUGUGGUUUUUACCUUGAAGAUAUGGAGACACUUCUUGUAUGGUGCUACCUUCACAGUUUAUAGUGAUCACAAAAGCUUGAAGUACUUGUUCGAUCAAAAAGAGCUUAAUAUGAGGCAAAGGUGA